AUGGAGGAUCGUCGCACGAAGCAGCAACUGAGAUCGCGGAGAGAAACCAUGGUAGCGUCGCUCGGCCGAGCGGACCAGUUCAUGACGCAGUACGACGAGGAACGGGACAAGCUCGAGGUCGCUGUAAGGCUGCAGCAUUUGGAUGGUAUUUGCAAUGGGAUGGAGGAAAUACAAGUGGCAUUAGAAGACAUGGCAGACAACGAACAAGAACGGGUGAGAAAUAUGGAAAUUCGCUCUGAGUUUGAAACACUAUUCUUCCGAAUAAAAGCCUUUCUGCAAUCCAAACUUCCUCCUCCUAUUGAUGUACUAGACAACCUCCCUCGUAACGCUGCACCUUCCACUCUAAAGGGUUUGAAGCUUCCGACGAUUUCUUUACCUGAGUUCUCUGGAGAUUACAAAGACUGGCUUGCGUUUCAUGACACCUUUGAGGCCCUGAUUCACAACAAUUCUGAGGUCGUUGAAGUCCAGAAAUUUCACUACCUAAAAGCUGCUUUGAAGGGAGAGGCCGCCCAACUGAUCGAAUCAAUUGGGAUCAGUUCGGCAAAUUAUCGCUUGGCUUGGGAAGCACUCGUCAACAGAUAUGCGAAUGAAUAUCUUCUGAAAAAACGUCAUUUGCAAGCUUUGUUUGAGUCGCCAAAGAUGCAAAUUGAAUCAGCUUCUUCUUUGCAUGGGAUUGUGGACGAAUUUGAGCGUCACGUAAAGAUACUGGAGCAACUUGGGGAGCCUAUUAGUGCUUGGAGUUCGAUGUUGGAGCACCUCUUAUGUACACGUUUGCAUGAUGACACCCUUAAGGUUUGGGAAGAUCAUGCUUCAACAUUGACGAAACCAACCUACACAUGUUUAAUAGAUUUCCUCCAGCGUCGUAUGAGAGUCUUGGAGUCCAUCUCAGUUAACCAUCAGCUCAUAACGGAGUCAUCUUCCACUUCCCACAAUUGCCACAUAAACAAGAAAUCAGCUCAUUCCAAUUAUUAUUCUCAUGCUGCAGUUGAAAACCAGUCCGCCAAAUGUUACGCUUGUGAUCAGCAUCAUCCGCUUAUAAAAUGCUGGAAGUUCAGCAAAAUGCCCAUCGCUGAAAAAAUGAAGGUGGUUAACGCGAAACGUCUGUGUCUGAAUUGUUUUCGUUCGGAUCAUUUUUCACGAAAUUGUUCAUCAAAAUAUUCCUGCAAAAUAUGUAAGAAACGUCAUCAUUCACUGCUACAUUCAGCAUUCAGCACCAAUGUAAACAGAUCAGCAACCGAUCAGAAUCCAUCUCCAUCCACCCGUGUUCCCAGUAUGCCUGUUCAAGUGAAUGUUACACCCUGCGAAAAUCCUGCUCGUUCAACUCCAUCAGCCGUUGAUCCGUGUGAGGCAGAAUAUAGUUUCCCGUUGCAUGAGCGCAGUAAAAAUACUUUUAUGUUAACCGCUUUACUGAUUGUCGUAGACUGCUACGGAAAUGAGCACUUAGCCAGAGCACUUCUCGAUUGCGGUUCCCAACCCAACAUAAUAUCGGAGCGAAUGGCUCAAUUACUUCGAUUGAGAAGAAAACGAGUAAAUGUGUCGAUCCAUGGUGUCGGAAAUAAACCCCAGUAUGCUACAGAAUCUGUGUUCACGGAAAGCCGUUCAAGAAAAGAGAACUUCGCACUCAAUGUAGAUUUCCUAGUGCUGAAUAACAUUAUGCCCCAGUUGCCGACUCAAGAUAUUCCUAUUGAGCAUUGGAAACUUCCCAAAAAUUUAUUCCUCGCUGACCCCAAUUUCAACAAGUCGUCUGGAAUUGAUAUGAUCAUUGGAAACGCGCACUUCUUCUCCUGUCUCAAGACUUCAGCAAAUAUUCAACUUCCUAAACCGCUCCCAUUGCUAGUAGAUAGUGUGUUCGGCUGGCUGGUCUCAGGCACAGCGGAUAUAACCCGACCCGAUAAUGGAACCUCAUCAUGCACUGUAACCACCGUUUCGUUAGUAGCACUUGAGGACAGUUUAGAACGUUUCUGGAAAAUUGAAGACCUGCCAGACCAGCCAAAUUACUCAAUGGAAGAGAAGCAAUGCGAGGAGUUAUACUCCGCUACCGUUAUGAGAAACGAGACAGGAAGAUACGUAGUACGUCUCCCUCGUCGCCCGAAUUUUGAGAAAAUAGUAGGAGAGUCCAAAAAUUGUGCCUUUCGUAGAUAUUUGCUACUGGAGAAACGAUUGGAGCGUGAUCCAGCGUUGAAAGAUGAAUAUCGAAAAUUAAUUGAAGAAUACAUAGAGCUUGGCCAAAUGAAGGCGGUGUUGCCUACCGAACCCCAACAUUACAAGGGUUGUUUCCUCCCUCACCAUCCCGUAAUGAAAGAAUCGAGCGCUACCACGAAGGUCCGCGUAGUGUUCGAUGCAUCCGCUAGAACUUCCACCGGCCAUUCCCUGAACGAUGGCUUAUUGGUAGGACCAGUAAUCCAGGAUGAUCUGCUAUCCAUCAUCCACGCUUCCGCACAUUUCCUGUGGCAUUGGUGGCGGACAUUGAGAAAAUGUACCGCCAGAUACUCCUACAUCCAAAUGACACCCCAUUUCAACGCAUUUUAUGGAGAUUCAAUGCGUGUGAUCCCAUUUCUUGCCAACGAUGAAGCAAUAUCGUAUCCAGCCGGUAGUGCGGCUCUCCGAAAAUCAUUUUACAUGGACGAUUUUAUUGGGGGAGCUCAGACUGUGGAAGAUGCCAUGAAGCUGCGACAGGAACUCAAUGAAUUGUUGGGAAAAGGAGGUUUCAAUUUACGAAAAUGGACUUCGAAUAAACUAGAAAUCGUACGAGGCUUACGAGAAGACCAAAUUGGUAUGCAAUCCACUAUGAAAUUCGACAAAGGUGAAACGGUAAAAGCACUGGGAAUAAGCUGGGAACCACAAAAUGAUCUGUUUCGAUUCGAUGCCAACAUCAAACGGGAAGAUGAGAUGAUCACAAAAAGAAAAAUUUUAUCCGCUAUCGCUCAGUUGUUUGAUCCUUUGGGUUUGAUAGCUCCUGUCAUCAUUCAAGGAAAAAUUCUUAUGCAACUCAUUUGGAUGGAAUCAUGUGGAUGGGAUGAUGAAUUACCUUCAGGCAUUGUGGUGAAGUGGAAAAACUUCUACGAACAUCUACCAUCAUUGACAGAAUUCCGUAUAAACCGUUACGCUAUGCUUCCGCGAUCAACAGUCCACCUACACACCUUUUCCGAUGCUUCAGAGUCAGCUUAUGGCGCUUGCACGUACGCAAGAUGUGUUGAUACCCAGGGCAACAUUUCCGUCCAACUACUAGCAGCGAAAUCCCGUGUUGCUCCUCUCAAGCGAAUAAGCCUCCCACGACUAGAAUUAUGCCCAGCAACUCUCGGCGCAAAACUCCAUGCCAGAGUUCAGCAAGCACUGCAGAUCGAAAUCUCUUCCUCUUACCUUUGUUUCCAUCCCUUCUCUCGCCUACUUGCAACGCACUACCACCUGAAACUCAUCCACGGUGGCGGCCGCCUCACACUCUCUACAAUGAGAGAAAAAUACUGGCCCAUAAAUGGAAGACGACUAGUCCGUAGCGUGAUUCGCGGAUGCUAUCGGUGCGCCCGAGCUAAUCCCGUUCCUGAAAACCAAAAAAUGGGACAGCUGCCCAUUCAUCGCAUAACUCAAAGCCGUCCGUUCUCGAGCACUGGAGUGGACUAUGCUGGUCCAAUAUAUUUGAAGCCCACCCACAGACGUGCAGCCGCCAUGAAAGCAUACAUAAGCAUAUUUGUCUGCUUUUGCACGAAAGCAGUCCAUAUAGAACUCGUCAGUGAUCUUACUACUCCAGCUUUCAUAGCCGCAUUACGCCGAUUCGUCGCUCGCCGAGGACGCCCUGCCGAGAUUUUCUCGGACAAUGGAAAGAACUUCGAGGGGGCGAAAAACCACCUAGCAGAAGUUCACCAACAAUCAUGCGAACACAUUUCCACCGUCUGCACGAACGAAGGCAUCACUUGGCACAUGAAUCCACCUAGAGCACCGCACUUCGGCGGGCUCUGGGAAGCUGCCGUGAAAAUCGCCAAAAAACAUCUGUAUCGCCAGCUGGGAAACACUCGUCUGUCAUUCGAGGAUAUGUCUACGGUGCUCACUCAAAUCGAAGCUGCAAUGAACUCCCGUCCUUUGGUUCCGAUGUCUGAAGAUCCCAACGACUUCGCCUGCCUAACACCGGCUCACUUCCUGAUUGGAACCACCAUGCAGACAGUAGCUGAAAUCGACGUCAGAAAUCUCCCGUUGAACAGACUCGAUCACUAUCAAAAAAUGCAACAAACCUACCAACAAUUUUGGCACCAUUGGAGAAAGGAAUAUCUCCAAGAAAUGCAACGAUGCACCACCAGAAGGAAACCAAACAACGAAUUCAACGUAGGCCGUCUUGUAGUCGUUGUGGAUGAAUUUCAACACCCAGUCAAAUGGUCACUCGGCAGAAUCCUUUCAGCGCAUCCAGGUCCAGAUCAGCUCAUCCGAGUGGUAACACUGCAAACAGCUCGAGGAAUACUUAAACGACCGAUAACGAAGAUUUGUUUGUUACCUUAUGAUGCACCAGAGAUGGAAGCAGCGAACAAUGUUUAA